AUCUUAUUACAUUGGUAGCAAUACUCCUCUUGACGAUCCCGAUUAUUAUUUGGAUUGUUUAUGUGAAUUGGUAAUCGUUUAUCGUCGUGAUAUCGCCUGUGGUCCAGACUUUGGCAUGCAUGCGGACGAAGAG